AUGGGCUCAAGGACCACAAGGGCUGGGUCUAGUACUGAAAAUGAAAGACUAGACCAAAUCCUUGAUUUACUAAACCAACAGAGUGCCAGAAUGAAUGGACUGAAGCAGAAGGUUCGAAGGGUCAAAGAAGUUCGACAUGAAGCUCCAAGGGUUGAAGAACAACCCGACAACCAAGCAAGGAUUGAAGGAGAGAUGGCUAAGGACUUGAAAAGAAUAGACCCACCAAAGUUUGAUGGAAAAACUAUUGGUGAUGGUCCAGAGGCAUGGGUGAUAGAAAUGGAAAAGUAUUUUGGUCUUUGCAACAUGUCCAACAAAACCAAGGUAGUUUGGGCUGCUUACCAGCUUUCUGGCGAAGCUGCUACUUGGUGGGAUAGUGAAAAGUUUGAAAGGAAGUUGCAACCUAGAGAUAUCACUUGGGAAUUAUUCUUACAAUCCUUUAGGAAGAGGUGGCUUCCUCAAUUAAUCUUCGAUAAGAAGAUGAUUGAAUUUCAGAACCUAACACAAGGUGGCAUGUCGGUAACUCAAUACUGGGAGAAGUUUACCAACCUUCUUAAGUAUGUUCCACAAUAUCAGAUGGAUGAGUGA